AUGUUGGUGGUGGAAUGUUCACUUUUUGGUCGCGUGACCGUCAGUCGACUCUCGACUGCUGAAUCAUCAGUGAUGAGUUUCGGACGACCACCCUCUGUCAAUGUGGGCUUCAAGCCUUCUCCGCCUGAACGUGGCGCCUUCCCUCUUGACCAUGAUGGCGAAUGCAAAGAGCAGAUGAUGCUCUACAUGACUUGCCUCAAGGGUAACGCAAAUAAAUCAAGCCCUUGUCGCCCUCUCAGCAAGGACUAUCUGGAUUGCAGAAUGAAUAAAGGCUUGAUGGAACGGGACGAAUGGCAAAACCUAGGUUUUCAACGCCCAGAAUCGCAGAGCAAACCAUCUCCGAGUCCUCCUCCAGACCCGAAUAAACCGUCUACUACAUAG